AAAUUCAUCAAGAUGUUCGUGCUGGACGAGGCCGACGAGAUGCUGAGCAGGGGCUUCAAGGACCAGAUCUACGACAUCUUCCAGAAGCUGAGCGGGAACACGCAGGUGGUCCUGCUGUCGGCCACGAUGCCCCUGGACGUGCUGGAGGUGACCAAGAAGUUCAUGAGGGACCCGAUCCGGAUCCUGGUGAAGAAGGAGGAGCUGACGCUGGAGGGGAUCCGCCAGUUCUACAUCAACGUCGAGAGAGAGGAGUGGAAGCUGGACACGCUGUGUGACCUGUACGAGACGCUGACCAUCACCCAGGCCGUCAUCUUCAUCAACACGCGGCGCAAGGUGGACUGGCUGACGGAGAAGAUGCACGCCCGCGACUUCACCGUGUCCGCCAUGCACGGGGACAUGGACCAGAAGGAGCGUGACGUCAUCAUGAGGGAAUUCCGGUCGGGAUCCAGCCGGGUCCUCAUCACCACCGACCUCCUGGCCCGGGCAAUCGACGUCCAGCAGGUCUCUCUGGUCAUCAACUACGAACUGCCCACCAACCGCGAGAACUAAAUCCACAGGUGGGGAGGGGGCUAA